AUGUCUGAGGGGACAUUCAAUCUGACUAUCAGAAAUAUUACUUCAUCCGAUGUAGCAACAUAUUACUGCACGGACUCCAUGAAUAGAGACAUUACAUUUGGAGAUGGAACCUUCUUGGCACUCACAGAACAGUACAACUGCAGUUUUAAUGGCAGUUCAGCAUUCUUCCGUGCAGUGGCCAACUGUGGACAAAUAAACUGCCAUAACAAGACUGAUGUGAUCAAAGAGAAUUCUAUGAACCUUGUUGUUUUUGGUCUGGUCGUUGUCUUGGGACUGUGUUGUGUGCUCAUAUCUUACUUGAUCUAUUUAAUUUACCACUACAAGAAACACAGAAAUGACAGAGUGGAGUUUCAGCAGGGCCACCCAGCCAGGUCCUCUAGAGACCCAUCAUCUGGGCAGGACGCUGAUGGACUGAUUAAUUAUGCUGCCCUGCACUUCUCUGAUAAGAAGAUGAAAAGAGGGAAACAGAAGAGAGAUCUGCCACGGGAAAGUGUCUACUCUGAUGACACCUUGCGAACGGAUACUGGCUACCCAUACCCGGCUGCCUUCAUCAAACUCAGUUCAGAUGCUCAUUUGACAUUGAGACAAGAGAGGAAGAACAAUGACAGGCCUAUGCGUACAGCCCAACAUGAUGAUAAUUUUCACGACUAUUUUGACAUGGCACAUACUGAGGUUCCUCAGCAGUCUGGACCUAUAACCAAAGCUCACAUUGAUGGAAAUGUUACUCUGGAGUGCUUCUUCUCAGGGCGUCUUAAAUCAAAUCGUUUCUACUGGUUCAAACAGACAUUGGGAGACAAACCCUCUGUGCUAGUACAGUCACAAGAGCACGGUGAAACAGUAUUCUCUGAAGGAUUUAAUAAUGGACGGUUCAAACUUGACAAAGGAGGGACAUACUUCCAUCUAUUAAUUGAAAAUGUUAAUCGCUCAGAAGAGGGAAUGUACUUCUGUGGAAUGAGAGUAUCAUAUGACAUUGUGUUCGGAAAUGGAACAUUUUUGGCAAUUGAAGGUGAGCAAUGGUCUGCUACUGACAGAGUGGUCCAGGCCCCAGUACCAGACCCAGUUUAUCAAGGAGAUUCAGUAAUUCUUCAGUGCACAGUCAUUAAUGAGAAACAAACAGAGUACAGAGUGCUCUGGUUCAGAAGAUCUGCAGGAGAUUCCCAGCCAGGUCUCAUUUACUCUCCCAUAAACAGAAGCCGGGUGUGUGAGGAUCACUGUGUCUACAGGCUCCCGAAGAGCAAUUUAACACUCUCUGACAGUGGAGUCUAUUACUGUGUGGUGGAUAUAUGUGGUCGAGUCAUUUUUGGAAAUGGAACAGUGCUGGAAAUCAGGUCAUUGGCACUAUUCAAUACCGUGGUCAGUUUGGGAGCUAUACUGGGCUUAUGCAUUUGUCUUGUACUGUAUCUGGUCUGGCUUACCUACAAAGGAAAAUGUGCUCAAGCAGCUGAACCAGUAGAAACUCCUUUGAACCACUUUGAAAACCAGGGUGGGGUUGCUGAUGCUACGGUGGUUAAUUAUACAGCUCUUCACUUCUCAGAGAGGAAACCCAAAGCAGGAAGAAAGAGAGAGACAUCGACACAUAGCAGUGUGUAUUCUGAUGUGCGACACCAUGCACAACAGGCCUUCUAAGAGAACCUGGCCUAGUGGUUAGGCCUUAGAGCCUGGCUUAGUGUUUGUGUUUAGGGCUUAAAUGGACAGUAAUGGUGUUGAAUCUGUAUGUUAUGGAGCAUAUUUUGGAGAUGUUUUGCGUACAGCUGUAUACAAAUUAAAUAAAAGUUGAAUUCUAUAAUAAAACAUUUUUUUUUAAUGUACCUCAUCCAUUAGUAUUUCAAAACAGUACAACAUUAAGUAAACACUAUUUCAUGAUAAUAUUUAGAAGGGUUGUAAAGCAUAGAUAUUGCCUUUAAAACAGUAAAAGCCACCUGAAAGCUUUCUCCUUAUAGGAUAUGGUUGAUUUUGGAUUGAUGUGUGGAAACUUUAAUUUCUUAAUUUUUAAUGUAACAUUUAUAUUUACCUUUUCAGUUAGCAAAUUACAAUUCGAAUUUGAAUUUGAAUUAAUGGAAGUAGAAUUGAAAUUCAAAGACAUUCAUAUACAUAUUUUCGGGGUAGCGUUUAACAAUGAAGUUUCACAAAAUAUGUCGGAUACUGUAUGAUCGCAACAAACACACUUAUAAUUGAAAACAGUGAUCAAUUACAUUUCCAAAGUAACCUUCCCGAAACUGAAUGUAUGCUUAAUGCAAUGAAAACUAGGGAAAGUAGUGAAGUCUGUA